CUCACCGACAGCCCACUGAAGCAUGCUUGCGUAUGUUAUACUGAUUUUGUACUCGGGACUUUAAAAUCCCAUCGGUUUAGUAGAAGUAUACGAGUCGGCUCAUCUCUUGAUCUGACACUGCCCUGCUUCAACGGGAAUACCGUGGUCUCCACAUGGCUGCAGAACAUCACGAUUCACAGCUCCCGGUGUCGUAAUGACCGGCCAAUUAGAACAACGCCUGACGCCCAGGACUUGUCGAGCUUGCCUGAGGUUCUUCGCAGUUUUAGAACGGCAAUGCCAGAGACGCGUCUGAUACAAACAAUACGACGCAGGGGUUGUUCUCACUGGUUGAGUCAGUAUACGCUUGGCAGCGGAUGCAAACAACAACGUGGUGGCGCGGUUUACGAUUGACGGUUAACACCUGACUUGGGCACCCCCAAACUUUUCAUUGGCUAUCAUUGCACAAUAAUUGAAGACAGUGUAGUCUGGUUCCGCGCCUCCCGUGGGCCUUUAUACGAAUAACGCAGCAAUUUAUCAUCCGGCCCAGGACGCUGGGAAAUGCCAGCCCGCCACAGCCUCGCUACAGGGCGGACCCCUAGCAGAGUGGACCGCCUAAGACUUUAGGAUGAGAAUGUCCGUGUUUCAUGUCCGAUCAAUCCUGAUCGAGUUCUGGUUUAAGUAAUUUGGCGUUCCUAACUUUCUGGCUGGCACUUGUAGCUCGCUCGUCUCCGAGACUAACUGUUGAUAGUUCCUACUUCGCACCCACGGUGCCACAGGCACUAACACUUCAAGAAGGUGAAGUCCUGUUUUGCUUUACGUUUUUGAAAUGGCUCGGCUGUCUCUUCACGGAGUCUCCAAAGAGUUAGCCACGACUAUCACUCUCCUGCUUUUGCUGUCCAUACUCAUAAUCACCCUGGUACCUGUCCAAAUCAUCGUACCUGGCCGUCGUCUCACGAAUGGCUUUAAGGUUGCCUACAAUAUUGUUGGCACCGUGAUCGCGACCAUCAUUGCCCGAUAUGCAGCUGGAGAGAUACAGAAACAGUGGCUGCGUCUCGUCAACCAUGAGGUUUCAGAUCUUAAAUACCAAGUAGCUCGUGACUCCCAAAUCGCCGUGCGAUGGCGCGCUAUCCUAGGAAUUAGCUCAUUCACCGAAAACGUGAAAAACCUAUCAGUCACUGGCCUGACGCUGCUUUCUUCUCUCGCCACGGCUCUGAUCACCGCAGCUAUCGUCGCAGCCAUCACACUUACAGAAACCAGUUGCUCAUCUGUGGUACAUCCACCUCGUAUCCACAGUGGCACAGAUACCAGGUGCAUGGGCUUCAACAGCACCAAACGCUCCUCUCCUCUCUGGGAGCUCAGCGUACAGUGGGACGAGCCAGGCUAUUUCUCCUCUACCAACUUAGGAUGCUCGGCUGCAAGCGGCGAUCGAAACCUCGGCGAUAUCAAUACAGUAAAUCCUAAGCAAUUUGCUUACGCUAGAGGCGGAGUUGCUGUGGCUAGCAACGCCAUCGGGGCUCCAGAAAUCUUCUAUACUGAGUUUCCAAGGCCAGUGGAGCCAAUCGAGCGCCCGUAUGGGCAUCCUAUAAUCGAAACCAACCUACGCUCUGUUUCACACUGCUUGCCUGUAAUGGCACGCAAUCCUGUCAAGUGCAAGAAUGUCGACCGGACUGCUUUUAAGGUUGAUCGUAAUGACGACAUGAAUCGUACCGACGUCCAGCUAGACAUCCAGGGCUGCACAUACAAACAACCGCAAUGGGAAUCGCCGGAUGGCUUCGGUAUUAUGGCUGCACGUUUAUGUGAAGCUGAUCAGGAAGUUGGCAAGAACGCUCCCAACAACAUAGGUCGAGCCACUGUCGCUAUAGGUGCCACAGGUGUCGCCAGCCUGACUUUAGCGGCGUCACUGGGCGACAGGAAGUACCUGGAAGACAAUGCUGAAAAGUACGACGCCAUCCUCAACAAUACAAUCCGAGGACGGGAUUUGAAGUAUGCGGUCAGUUGCGAGGUCGACGUCAAGCCGACUAUUGAGUGGCGCACCGUGACUUUGAGUCUUGAACAAGGUCAUCUGGACUCGGAACCGUCUUACAGCAAAGUGGUCUCCGGUAAAGCGGGCUGCGCCCCCAGUACCAAUUCUACAGGAAGCUGGAAUAUUGCUGAGGGCUACUGGGCUAACGCUGCAGCCUCGUUGAAACCUCCGCUCAGUGAAGGAAGGUAUUGGAAUGGGUUCGUAAAUAAGAUAGCUUAUCAAUCUCUAAGUGUCAAUGAGACCUCGGACAAAUACGACACAGUAGUGUCUUGGACAAAGUUGUUACGAUCCGAAUUUGGUUUCCCUCAAUCCACCAACGCCCUAGAGGAUGUUCUUGGUCUCACUGCAGGCAUUGCCAUGUCUCAAAUAUCUACACUGGAUAGUUUAUCACCAGGUUCUCCGCUCACAGAUAAAGUUGAGUUUCAUUCGCCAGUGGCUGGAAAUGCCACUUUUGCUUGUACAAGAGUUGGAAGUGGAAGCCCCUCUGCGCUCCUGUUCGCCGUUCCGCCUCUGCUUGCUGCAGCCUUGGCUUUGUAUCUUAUAUUUACCGUGCCCCGGGAGCGGACCAAAUGGAAAACCAGUAGACUGGGUGACAUCAUUUCCAUAGGAAUGGCGAGCGAGAGAGAGUUGAACAUGGCAUAUCAAUCCGAUCAUAAGAGGAAGACCAGACAUUUCUCAGUGCAGCCAUUGCAUUUCAAAGAUUUAAAGAGAUCGAGCACAAUGGACAGUUCCAGUGAAGAUGGCACAUUGCUGAGCAGUGCAGCGCCGCCGGCGACAAGUUCAGGGAAAAGAUGGGUUACGGACUCGCAAGGGACCCGGGCGGUGCCAGUGCGAUUUGGGGGAGACCAAGAAAGAGAUGCUGAGAGUGGUUGGACCACUGCGGUCCCUAGAAGUCCCGUGAGAUUAAGAACAGAAGAGACAUAUACACCAAUGGACGGAGUGAGGUAA